AUGCGCACGCUCGGGACGAAGGAGAAGACGAGACUGCCGUUGGCGGAGAUGGGAGGACGGGUGCGCGAGGAGUUGAUGCCGGCGGUGCGCGCGGCGUUGGCGAAGAUCCCGGAUCGCGUCGAGCGCGCGCGAACGCCCGUGUACGUGUGGGCCACGGCUGGAUUUCGCGUGUUGACGCCGGCGAAGCAACAAGCGCUGUGGCGCGAGGUGAGGGAGGCGGUGGAGGCUGAGACGGGGACGCGGCACGGGUACGGACAUUUUCGAACCGUCGACGGCGCCGAGGAAGGAUUUUACGCGUGGCUGGCGGCGAAUUACUUGUCAGACGUCGACGUCACCGCGGUCGGGCGAUUAAACGACGCGAACACGCCGGCGCCGGCGUUCGCGCGCGUUUCUGAGGACGAUAAUCCUUUGCUCAAGUCUGUCGGCGCGAUUGACGUCGGCGGCGGGAGCGUGCAGUACGUGGCGCUGCCAAGGGAAGGCAAAGGCGCGUUCGUGAAGUCCAUGCUCGAGUUGAGGAAUGCGGUGAAAGUGGAGUCGUUUUUGGGGUACGGGGCGAACCACAUGGAGACGAGAUGGCGCGGCGCGCUGGCGGCGGCGAAGACGACGCGAAACGCGUGCGCGUUUCCGGGGCACGUCGUCACCGUGGACGGCGUGGAAUUGACCGGAACCGGCGAAUACCGCCAGUGCGUCGUGGGAUUACGCAAACAAAUCGCAUCGAUGCAGCGCGAACAAAAAGUGACGCUGCGCAUGCCCGACGAUUUCAAACGCGUAGAGCGGUUUCUUGGCAUGUCGCUGCUGUUUCAUCUCACAAAUUUCAUCACCGUCGCCCUUCCGGGCGCGCUGCCAUCCAUGCCCAAGGCCACGCUUGCGGAAAUUGCGACCGCCGGAGAAAAGCUGUGCGCCAUCGAGUGGGCGAAGCUCGUGAAGGAUGUCGAUGGGAAGGAUCCCAACACUCCCGCGGAUCGCCUCAACGGACGUUGCUUCGACGCCGCGCUCGUGCAGGCGCUCCUCGGCGUAGACUUCGCGGAAGACGACAUCGCCGCCGGCGAAGUCGGUCUCGGAUUUUCACAAAACGACGAGCGUUUGAAUUUCAUCGAGCGCAUCGACGACGCGGAGGUGGAGUGGACGCUCGGAGCGGCGAUGAGCGUCGUGCACCCGACGGCGGCGCGCUCGAACUCGGCGUGGGCGAAGACGCGCGUACCGACGGAGUGCGCGCGCGUGCUUCACACGUCCUUUUUGAACGCUCUUUACGAGUGGGGCGUCAUCAUCAUGCCCGCGGCGCUCGUCGCUACCGGGUAUUUAUUGUACAAGACGCUCAGGAUGACGGCGAACGUCGCCACGAUGGCGCGUUCGCCCUCGUACCUCGAGGUACUCUAG